CACCGAGCAAACAUAGAGGUGUUUCAGCUGGUUCAUUGCAAUGUGUCCACAUUGGAACCGGGUUUGUUUUCCGGCGAUAAUUACCUCAAUAGAAAGAAAUUGGUCUUCCAACGAAAUACAAUCGCCGAUUUGGGAUGUCAGGAGAAACCUGUAUUCUCCUUUAUCGACAAUCGGUUGAUAUGUAGCAAAAGAUUGUCUUGGCUUUCUGCACACAAUAUUUCAAACAACAUGUGCUACCUCCUGUCUGAAUCACGUGAAAUACCUGUCAAUGGGAAAUAUCUGAAGAGCAUCUGCCGUUCUCGCGGUAAUUGCAAUUUUUGUCCGAUGAAAAACGUAUUUUUGUCUAAAAGUGGCUGUCGUGUACCACGAAAUAUGAUUGAAAAAUUUGAACAGCUCUCUCAGUGGCGAGAAACCUUACGGCAGAAUAACAUCACAGCAGAAUAUUUACAGUGUGUUCAACAUCCAUCUAACAAAUGUGCUGGUGAAAGAAAUUUCCAAAAUCUUCAUCGGUUUUUCAAGCAGUACAACAAUUUGAAGAGAAAAAUCAUAAACUUCCGAGAGAGAAAUAUUUUGAAGGUUUUAAAGUAUUUGAAAAGUAGAAAUAAUAAUGACGUGAAGUCGAUUAACAAUAAAACUGUUGUUACUAAUCCCAAUACUACUGAUUCGCUUUCUACAAGAAAGAGGAAACAGUUUAGCAAAACUAUUCCUGCUAUGAAAGGUAGGAGAAUAAAUAAUGUCCCUUUGGGACCACUGUUGAAGUUAUUGAGAAAACCCUUACUGAAAAAGAUCAAGGUUACUAAACUCGAGAAAGCUGUUGACGAUAUCAAUGAUGCUCAUAGAAAAGGAUUACCUCGACAAAAGAGCUUCCGGCUUCGGCCUCAGAAACAAAACUUUCCAUGGAGAAAUAUUCAAGUUCGAAUGCAACAACAGCAUCGCAUGCAAUAUUUGCUUGAAACUGUAAAAACCUGGAAACGUGCUCAGCCGAAUAGAUUUGAUACACAAUCUAAAAAAUCUAGACGUUUCAAACGUCGAUAUGUGCCCCGGAUAUGGACAUAUGAUUGGUUGACGAAACAUUCUGCCACACAAAUUCCCAAUAUUCAAAAUUAUGUUCAACUUAAAUUAAUAUCACAAAGUAAACGCUUGGAGAAUACUUCUGCAAUUCCUCUUCCCGAGUCAUGUGAAGUUUCGUUUUUCUUACCUUUUUCUUCAAAAAGAUUUGGGAUUUGCGAAGAAUUUUCAGACGGAACAUCAAAUAUUAUUUCUCCGGAAACACUGGAAGAUUAUGAGUACAAAGUAUAUGCAGAAGGCCUUAAAGAUACACUACGGGCUAAAAUAUCUUCCCCUCCUCCAAAAUUGAAACUGGUCAAACGUAGUGGAGCCAAUGCUGCUCAAAGCCAGCCAAAAUCCAAGCAAACGAAUAGUUCUUCUGCCUUACAGCAUGGGAAAAAGAAUAUAAAAACACUAAAAAAUUUGAAAAAGACAGCCAAACUAUUUUUAUUGAGUUUGGGGUCUAAAUUAAGCAGUAAAAGCAACAGCAGUAUUUUUCCACUUUUGGCAUCACUUCUAUACAAUAUGAAUAACAUGAAUAACACGAGUAAUAAAACUUUUAAGAAUAAUUUUGAUUUGAAAAAAUCAGUGUUACCGAUGAAAAUGUCAUCUGCAAAUAGGCUUAAUUCCUCUCAGAAAAAUAAAGAACAAAACGAAGUUAAGAGACAAAAAUGGGGAAGCAUAUUAUCGAAGUCGAGCAGAUACUUUAAGCAGUCGCAAGGUAAUUUGACCUCAGCUAAUCGCCAAUGAUAUUUUAUUGGAGAACGAAACCCAUUCAUUCGUGACUUUUGGCUCAUCCUUUAUACACGGUAGAAGCAAACUAAACGUAAUAUAGAUACAAGAAAGAUUUGAAAAGCAAUGACUAGCGACGGAUUUUAGAAUACUUGUAUACUUAAAAUUCAUCUGUACAUUAGUCCGAUAAAACUUUUAAAGUUGUCCAUACAAGAUCUAGUAGACACUUAGGUGACAAUAAUCGUUAUUUAGAUAAAUAUCCAAGUAGCAUUAGUAUAACAAAACACUUCAUCGGUCCCUUUUUCUGAGAACCUUCCACCUGAUACACUUAAAGCUAGGAGACAAAUGAGUGGGUAAACUUGAAGGACAGAAUCAGCAAGUCUUUUAGAAGUUGUAGUGGAGUUAACACCGAUUUACAGCAGAAACAACUACAACAACAGUUCUAUUUUAGUUAGAUAUUGACCAACUCAAAGGAAAAAGUGAAAAUGAUUUGUUUCAGUCAAAACGAAUACAAGAGUAUUUACAAGACUAACUAAACGAAAAUUACACAAGAAAACUUGAAUAUGUCGAAGAAGACUAAACAUGUAAAAACCUUAAGUGUUUAAAAGCUAAGAAAGUCUGAAAGUAGAGAGAAAUUCUACAAUAACAUACAUAGGAAUAAACGAAUGAUACAUAUUAUCAGCAACUGGCAAUGAAACUUCUUAGAAUUUCAAAACUUAAGAGGAAUACGAGUAAAAUGGUUACUGAUAUCUCUAUUGAUGACAACGUCUGUAGCAUUUACAACAAAAUUAACAUCUAUUUUAAGCUUAUUCCUGAUUCACCACAACUUUUGUCAUACAGAUAUUAUAUAAAUUUUAUCGUACAGAUAUAACUGACAUUGUAUGCAAUCAUGCGAUAAUAAUGACAUAAAAUAUAACAGAUUAGGACUGACACAAACACUUAUACUUCCCAGCAAAUAUUGUAGCAGCAGGACAGACAGUGAUAUCAUGUACAAAACAAAAUAAUAUUAUGCGAGAAAAACCUCAAAUAUUUAUGGUUAACAAAAGAAAUUGAAUUUAACAGAUUAAGAAAAUCUCAAAAUACAGAGCGAAGCAAUAUUUGCCACUGAAAAGCGGCGAGCUGGCAGAAACGUUAGCACGCCGGACGAAAUGCUUAGCGGUAUUUCGUCUGCAGUUACGUUCUGAGUUCAAAUUCCGCCGAGGUCGACUUUGCCUUUCAUCCUUUCGGGGUCGAUAGAUUAAGUACCAGUUGCGUACUGGGGGACGAUCUAAUCGACUGGCGCCCUCCCCAAAAAUUUCGGAACUUGUGCCUAGAUUAGAAAAGAAUAUUUGCCACUGCGACAAAAAUAGAAAUUAUUGCCAGAUUUAUUAGCUAAUCUAAUGAGUCAGUCGAAUGUGCUGGACAUUUCCUAAACUGGUAAAUAAGUUAUAUAAUGAAGAGAUAUCUACACUAUAAUAAACAAUAAGGAAGACAGAUAAGAAAAGAUUUUAAAAAUAUAGAAGAAACACUCCAAGUCACCCAAGAUGUCAUAUAGAACUUGAACAUAAAUAUCCUGGAUAAUUACUUUGGUAAAAACUGGUAUAAACUGGUAAAUA